UCUGUAAUUCCCCUGCUCUUAUCCUACGCACCCCGUCACACUUCCAAACACCUUUUAAUUCCUCACUUAAAAAUGGACAAGCCUCUGCCAAUAACAGAACCUUGGCGACCCGACCCAGUACUAUUCCGGCCACCGGAGACGCCACGUGAGCCGAUGGAGUUCCUCUCACGCUCAUGGAGCCUAGCAGCUUCAGAAGUGUCUAAAGCUCUAGUCCCACAGCACCCGCAAAUGAUUCUCACAAAGACAUCAAGCAGUGUGAUACUGGAAGAUUUAGCUGGCGAGCUGGAGGACCAAAAUGGCGCCGUUUCAGGAAACCCGUUCUCUUUUGCUUCCUCUGAAACUUCCCAGAUGAUCAUGGAGCGUAUCAUGUCACAGUCGCAGGAGGUGUCUCCACGCACAUCAGGAAGGCUCUCACACAGCAGCGGCCCUCUUAACGGAACUCAGAGCUGCGGCUCCCUGACCGAUAGUCCUCCCGUUUCUCCCUCCGAAAUCGACGAUAUCAAGCUUUGUCGACCCAAUAACAAUGCCUCCGGCAACAACCUCCACCAUCUUCAGUUUAAUACCAGCUCUGUGUUCCGUGCUUCUGCAGCUCCGGUUGCGACAUCAGGCGGUGGGAAGACUGUGGGACGGUGGCUGAAAGAUAGGAAGGAGAAGAAAAAGGAGGAAACCCGUGUAUACAAUGCGCAACUGCAUGCUGCGGUUUCGGUUGCUGGUGUUGCUGCUGCUGUGGCUGCCAUUGCUGCAGCCACCGCUGCUUCAUCUGGCUCCGGAAAAGAUGAGCAAAUGGCUAAGACAGAUAUGGCUGUGGCUUCUGCUGCCACGCUUGUUGCUGCUCAAUGCGUAGAGGCUGCUGAAGCCAUGGGUGCUGAACGUGAACAUUUGGCUUCUGUUGUGAGCUCUGCUGUCAACGUCAGAUCAGCCGGUGAUAUAAUGACCUUAACCGCUGGAGCAGCCACGGCGUUGAGAGGGGCAGCCACGUUGAAGGCACGGGCAUUGAAGGAAGUGUGGAAUGUAGCGGCAGUGAUUCCAGUGGAGAAAGGAAUGGGUGGGGGUGGAAGUAACAACAAUGGGGGUGGUAGUAACAAUGGUAGUUCCAACGGUAGUUUCAGCGGUGAGAUUGUUCCUGAAGAGAAUUUCUUAGGUAUUUGCAGUAGAGAAUUGCUUGCUAGGGGUUGUGAGCUACUAAAGCGUACCCGGAAAGGUGAUCUUCACUGGAAAAUUGUUUCUGUUUAUAUUAACAAAUCGAAGCAGGUUAUGUUGAAGAUGAAGAGUAGGCAUGUUGCUGGGACCAUCACAAAAAAGAAAAAGAAUGUUGUGUUGGAGGUGAUCACAGAUAUUCCCUCGUGGCCAGGCCGCCACUUGCUUGAGGGAGGCAACAACCGGCGAUACUUCGGGUUGAAGACAGUUAUGCGUGGGGUUGUCGAAUUCGAAUGCAAGAACCAGAGAGAGUAUGAUAUAUGGACUCAGGGUGUGUCAAGGCUCCUCACUAUUGCUUCAGAAAGAGGCAAUAGACAUUGAGCUUAAUGGGUUGUUUUGGUUUUCUAUUGUAAAAAGUUGAAAUAUUAAAGAGUUGUCCAAAUGGGGUCCCUGUGCUUUAAAUUCUGGGGGGAUAAUUUCUUGAGCUUUUGUGGGUAUUUUGAAGUGGAAAGAUUAAAGUGAUUUUGAAUGGAGAGGAAAGAGGGUAAACCAUGUGAAACUGGCCAUUGGUGUUCCUGUGUUGUGGAAUGAAAUGGAGUAUCUUGGACUGAGAUGGUCAAAAAGAGAAGAAAGGAAUCUGAUUUUGAGGAAAGGAAUAUAAAUAAUAUUGAAGACAAAGGCAGGCCCAGAUUCUUAGUCCUUUUAUUUUUUAUUUUUAAUUUAUCUGGAUUUUUGUCCUCUAUUUAUUAUUUUGUCUCCUAGUUUUAGGCUUUAAAAUUUGGUGGAACCAAUGAUUGUCUUUAUAUUUUUUGGGUAAUCUUCCACUUUUUAUAUUAGUUUUGUUUGAAUUUAAGUGAUGAAGAGCUGGUCUGGUGACUUCAA